CACACACACACACACACACACACACACACACACACACACACACACGCACACACGCCACUCCAUUUGCAAGUAGAUCUUACCAAAAUAUCCCGAGAACGGAAACCGUUCGGAGAAACAGAGUUCAAGUUUAUUUUCCCGAACGUUCGGGGAAAUAGAUUCGGCCUUUAAAAAAAUUAAUAUAAUAAAACACAUAAUUUAUUUAUUUUUUAUUUUACCCUCACAAUUGUCAUAAAUGAGAAAUUCUUUAAAGUCUCUGCUGAAAUACAUUCUCAGAAUCUUUAUUUUUCCCCCCAGGUCCCAACAGCGUGGAAGGCCUUCUUGUGGCUUACGUUUAUUACUUCUACCCGACGUCUCAGUGACUGCCAUCGCCUGGUGAAGAAACUUUUGAUCUAGGCCUGUGAUUUGCCACCUAUUUGUUGCUCAUUUGUCAACGUCUCGGGUGUUAUUAUUUUCCCCCGUUGUUGGAAUAGCAGGACCCGGAACCAGCCAUGUCAACAUCGAUGUGUGACCAGAUCGAGACGAUGAGGGGGCGGAGCCAGGACUCUAACACUUCUAAGGACGACAUGUUGAGUAUCCUAAAAACAGAAGAAGUUUGUAACGACGGCGUGAUGCAUCCUUCCGCCACGAAUGCAGCCAGUCUUGACAGUGUGUUCUCUACAUCGGACUCCAGUACAUCUUUUAGUAGCAGUGGAUCCUUUGAUUCAAGUUCAAGUGAACUGACUGGAAAGCAGAGUCGACUGAAUCAAAUUACGUUUGCAAACUUCUGUGAGCGAUACGAACGCACAGGACAAAAACUGGGUAGCGGGUCCUAUGGUUCCGUGGAUACUUUUCGCAAUCGUGAAUCGGGGAGAGAGUAUGCGGUAAAAGUAAUCAAGAAUUGCGACAAUAAAAGCAGAAAAAAAGUAUGGAAUGAAAUUGAUAUUUGUCAACGUUACAGUUGUGACCAUAUCAUCAAACUUGUAGAAUUCUGUGAGAUUGGAGACAUGUUUUUCCUUAUUUUCGAUAAGAUGGGAGGAGGAGACCUAAGAGGAAUGUUGGAAUCACGUGAUUGUCUUCGUCUGAGUGAGACAGAAUCCUCUAAAGUUAUGAACACCCUGGCCAAAGCCCUCCAGGCUCUUCACGUCGAUGGUGUGGCCCACCGGGACAUAAAAUCUGAAAACAUUUUAUGUAAAAAUUCAGGAGAGGUCACACCACUCGUUUUGGGUGAUCUUGGGCUUGCCAGUGACCUCGCUUCUCGAUGUGAACUCUCAAAAGGGGACACAACUAAGACUACUCUGACGUCACCGGUCGGCACCCCUAUGUACAUGGCGCCAGAAAUUGUCGCUUUAAUGUGCGAUGACUCUAAGCCGCCUUACGACACCAGCUGCGACAUGUGGAGUAUGGGAGUUUUGUUGUAUGAAAUUCUGUUUGGUGUGAUGCCCUUCCAACGCGGCUGUGAUUAUCACCGUGGCAGUAUGGAUUUCUCCUGUAAUGACUGCAAGAUCCUCAUGUACCAGGACAUCCUUCGAGGGGACUACAGCUUUCCUGUAAAUGUUGGAGAGUUUUAUGCCCACAGCGCCGUGGAUUUGAUCAAACGCCUGCUGGUGGUUGAUCCCCAAGCCCGCUACUCGGCCGCAGAAGUACUGCAGCACCCUUUUCUUACCGAGCAACACGAGUGGUGACCUCGUCAUGCGAGCAUCCGUAUGUGUGGGGAGCCUGAGAGCCCUCAUAGAGACUGAUUUAUGACCGGCCAUUAACGGAAGCCUUCACAAUUCUGGAAACUUUUUGAAAAGGUCUUACUUCAUUGUGCUUCCGAUUUCCCGUCGCUUUCACACACCGAUUCUGAUACAAACAGGUUUGAAAGUAACCACGUCAGAACACCAACCUAACUCUUUCUACUACAGACAUAACAACACCGUUCUCAGCACAAAGAGUACCUGACCAUAUGUGACAUAGCCCACGGGUCCUGCUUGCCACGAUGACACGAGAAGACUAUGAUAACUAAGUUGGACUUGUAAUAGAAUGCUUCUUCUUCUCAAUGCGUCUAACUCUCACCAUGCUAAUCUUUGAAUAAAAAUAUAAAAAAGAUAUA